AUGGAUACGUUUGGCGGCGAUCCCGUCUUCAAUUGUCUGGUAAACAACAAUUCAGACAAGACAGGUUUCUACGAUGUUGUGCUUGAAGACUUCAGCAAAGCCGAGCAGUUCUAUGAAGACGCAAGCACCAUCCUCGUCACGAAGCUCCUCUCGGACAAGGGCGAUGUGGUCGAGAUUCGUGACUUUGCUCCUCGUUUUGUUCACUAUGACCGAGUAUUUCGCCCCUUCCAGCUGAUCCGGCUGGUCCGGAGGUUGCAGGCGCAGAAGGGAAAACAAAGUGCUGGCGACCUGCUGAUCCUGACCAGCCCAGCACGAUCCCAAGCACCAGCCAAGCGGAGGCGCGGCAAGCAAAGUGAUGGCUACCUGCCGACGCCCUACGCAAGUGGGGCACCAUCAGACCCUAUGAAGCGGCAACGCGGGAAGCAAAGUGCUGGCACCCUGCUGAUGAAGCGGAAGCGUGGCAAGCAAAGCGACAGCAACUUGCCGACAUGUUCCGGAUCCUCAUCGCUGCCUGAUGCACCAACAAAGCGGAAGCGAAGCAAGCAAGGUUCUGGCAACCUGCUGAUGCCCCAGUCGGCAAGAUCCGACGCAUCAACAAAGAGGAAGCCUGGCAGACCAUGCACGAAAAGACCUCCGUCCGAACAAACGAAAAGGGAGGUUGCCAACGCUGACGCUGCAGUGCUCAGUGAUGUACCAGCAGAUGACCCCGUCCGUAGACUGGUGAAAAUCGGCCACAAGGCAACAGCCGCGCAGGCCGCCUACUUUCUCUUAGCUGAUGCAUGGAAUCUCGAGGGUCGCAUCGACCUGGCCCGCCUCCGAGAAAAUACGGGUAGACGCUUCAUCGACGCUUCCAAAGUCAAGAUCUCCAUCAGGGCAAAGUCGACGGGAGGGUCCGUUGAGGAGGCUGCACGAAUAGCGCGGUGCUGCUGUCGGUUAGCGGCAUCAGGUGGCACCUUCGAGGAGGUACAGCGUCGCAAGGGCCAACUGCUCAGAGGUCGCAAGGCUGCGCCCGAGAAUAAAGCCACACCCUUGCCGAGCUCAACGAGUAAAGUUGCUACCCGAGAGCCAGUUCUGGAGCAGUCCAAGCUUCCUUGCCGUCAGCAAGGGCACCAGGUCGGCCAGACGCCUCCCGAGAGCAUGCUACAACAUUUCUAUGACAUGAUGAAUGCCCGUGAGACUAUUGCCAAACGGAGGAAAGCUGGUGUUGCAGGUGUGCAGCUUUACGACAACCUGCCGCCAGAUAUGGCUGCCUACUUUAAGCGAUGGUGUUGUCCAAACGUGAGGCGGCGAGAAGAUCGCACAACCAAAGACUUGGCGCGGCUAGCAGAUGCGCACACGCGCUUCAAGCUUUGCAAGUCAGACGCUGAACGUGACAGACUCAAGUCCCUGCUUGUGCUGAACUUUUGCGUGUGGCGGUUUAUGGGUGGAACCCUCCUCUUUGCUCGGGCGAUAGGCUUCCUUACGAAUUGGUCUGACGUGGAGAAGGAUCACAUUCGGCGUGUGAUCACAGAGGCCUUUCGUGACGGCUGCGCAGCCUCUCUGUUCAGCGAUGCUUAUGAAGCCCCGCAGAAGAUCCGGAAGGCUUUCGGGCGUAACUGUGAUGAUGCCAAGCUUGAGGGGCUGCUCUACAACCGCGGUCUGAAGGCAGUGGUGAACCGAGAGCCAGCCUUGACUUACUUCACUAUUCAUGGCAGAUUCCGGCUGAUUGAUGCAGUCUGGCGGAUGGCGCCCGAAGUUGUCGAGGCAGCAUUGCCCGACCAAGAAGGCAAGUGCCGCUGGCAGAAGGUGGCAAACGUUCUGGGUCGGCUGCCAUUCUUUGGCCGUGACGAAAACAACCUGCGCGAGCCCACAUUCUUCGCAAAGGAGAUCGCCCAGGAUCUUUUGGACACGCCUGUUUUCGAGGGUGGCCGCCGAAGUGUGUCAGACCUUCAAAGCUUCUCGCCAGCUGGGCCAGGGGCAGUGCUGGGGCUCAUGCUGCUGUAUCAUCUUAAGGAGCGCCCCCUGCAGGGUGUGGCAGUUCCACUGAUGCGUGCCAUCCUGGAGGAGGCACCAAAGUACUGGCAACAUCCAGACUCUGAGCCACUGGAGCUGCAUGAUAUUCAAUUCAUGCUUUGCGAGGUCCAAAAGCUUUUCCACAGCCACAACAGUCAAAACAGUCUCAGGUGCUAUGCAGGGCCUACAUCCGCCGCAACGGCUUUCCAGGCAAGUGGAGCCAAGCUGCCCUGGACACAGCUGGUGCAGGAUGGCCUGCUGCUUCUUCAACAACGAAGUGCAAGCGGCGUGGUGCCUGAAGAGGAGCUGCAGGCUUUCCUGAUUCACUGGCUGGGAUUCACCACUUACGAGCAGGAUGAGGUGCUGCGACACGGAGACGAAGUUUGUCUCAAAGUGGGAACGUCCUUCCUCACUUUGGAAGGCUUCCAGGCUGUGGACAGGCUCGUCCGCUCCUCGGAAAGCAAUGACAGCACCUUGGCGAGCUUUGUGCUGGAGCGCCGCAAAGGUGUAGGGGCGUUACAGUACGGUGACGAGAUUUGGCUCCGCUCCAACUGCGGUUCACAUCUUGGUCCGGUGAAGAAGCCUUCUGAUGGAGAGCAGGCCAAGUUGGGCACGAACCUGUCUGCCCCAAAGUUUGCAUCGGAGCGAUACGAUGAAGGGCGCUUGUUCGUUGUCGAAGCGGAUCCUGCCAGGAGCUCAGGACCAAACGAGGGGGAUGGGAAAGUGACCGGCGCGGUUCGCUUGAGACUUCAAAGCCCCGGCGCCAGGCUCUUCCUUCAAGCAGAUGGAAAUCGGUGCAUGGUCAGCAGCGAGGCUGACUCAUCGCUCGUUGUGCUGGAGCACCCACCUCAUCGAGCAGAGGUCACAGCAAACCUUCGCGCCUGCUUUGUGCAAGCAAUUGCUGACUCGCUUCGUGAAGGUGUCUUCAAAUCGUACGAAGCAGGCACAGGCAAGCACAUGCUGUCUCUGGCGGAGCUGGAAUCGGUUAUCAUCGUGUUUGGCAGCGAUGAGUCGUUCACGAACUCACUGUCGCAAGUGGCAAUGGAGUUUGAGACCAAGACUACCAACUACUGGAAGCAAUGGUGCAGCAAUCUCUGCUUGCCAGUCGAGUUCCAGCAGGUUCUCAUGCGAGCAGCAAUGACGCUGGCGAUGAACCAGUCAGAGGACUGUGGUGGCUUUCUGGCGACGUUGUCCAUGGGUCUUCCUUUAGGGCCAUUCUGCCCCUCAACUCGAGAUUCCAGAGUGUGCCGGCUUUUGGAUGAGUGCUUGGCUCUUCCUGUGCUGCGAGACAUGGGUCUCUUGGACCUGUGCAAGAAGUUCUUGGGAUUUGCUAAGGAAAUCUGCUACCGAGAGCAGGUCCCACAGCAUGUGUACAACUCCUGGGGUGCCUUGCAGGAUACAAAGCGCGAGUAUGUUCCAUAUCUUGCUGGAUACCGCGGCAUGGGUGAGGUGCACAGUGGUGGCAUGCUGUUGGAGGAUCCCGCGCAUGACGAGGAGUCCGAUGCCUGGCCGCAAGCUGUCAUCUACGGCUUGUUGGCAAUUUCGCUGGUCCACGCGUUUUUCGAUGUACGCUUAUCUCAGGAGCUCUGCACCCCACAGCUUUGUGAGAAGCUGGAGCUUUAUGCGCAGAGGGCCUGCAGCGCAUUUUCCCACAGGUGUCAGAUGUACAAAGCAUAUCCUACGUCUGACCAUGUGAAUAGGCCUAUGCUGCCUUUGGGUGCAGGCUUUUUCGACGAUGACUUGCAUUUUUUUGUGUGUGAGGGCUUGGGCGACUCGCACCAGAGCUCAGAUGGCCUAGCUUCCGUUCACACACUGACCUCAGUGCUUUGUUGGGCAGCGGCGGAUCGACUUCACCGAGUCGCUGCGCACUACUUCAGGGAUCCAGAGCGUGCUGAUCACUGGCAGAGACAGGCCCUUGAGAUUCACGAGGAGAUAUGCCAACAGGCCUGGAGCCCUGCAAGAGGGGCUUUCACCACCUUCUGGGGUGGCACAAAAGUUGGGCCGUCCGUUUUGCGAUUGGCAGAGCUGGGGUUCAUCUCGCCAGAGGACGCUCGCUUCCGUGGCACCGUGCGUGCCUUCGAGGCUGAUGCAGCUCUGUGCGCUAGCUGCUUGAAGGGAGCAGAUGGGGAGGUACUCGGCGAGGAGUCAAUUUUAAAGGCUUUCGCUACGUGCUUUACAACAAAUACCUUGCUUUGGUACAGCGAAGCGCUUCGCAGUAUCGGGGCAACAGUAGAAUCGAGAAGGUUGGUGGAGGCACUCCUCAGAACUUCAAAGCAUCCUGGCAUGCUGGCCGAGGCGAUCGAUCUCAGAACUGGUGAGCAAUGGGGAAACACGCCCUGCACGUCAGCUCUGCUUUCGCUGCUGAGAGUGGCCCCAAGACUCUCGAGAACAUGGCGUGAGGUGUAG